UCAUCGCGGAUUGACAGCUCGGGGGCCCUCCAAGAAAGCACCGAGUCGGCUGCCCUUAUUCAACAGUUUCCCCCCCGCACUCCCCAUUGUUUUCAGUUUCGCUGGUUCUUUUGUCUCCUCUUCUCCCAAGUACACUCUUACAUCGGCUUGGUAAUAUUUAUUUUUGAGGAUGUCGGUGGCCGGGUUGAAGAAGCAAUUUCACAAAGCGAGUCAGCUACUGAGCGAGAAGAUAAGCGGUGCGGAGGGGACCAAGCUCGAUGAGGACUUCAUGGAAAUGGAGAGGAAAAUUGACGUCACCAACAAGUCUGUCUUCGACAUCCUGGCCAAAACCACAGAGUAUCUCCAGCCGAACCCAGCGUCCAGAGCCAAACUGGGCAUGCUCAACACGAUGUCCAAAAUCCGCGGGCAGGUGAAGACCACGGGGUACCCCCAGCCGGAGGGGCUGCUGGGUGACUGCAUGCUGCGCUACGGCCGGGAGCUCGGGGAGGAGUCCACCUUCGGGUCUGCGCUGGUGGAUAUCGGCGAAGCCAUGAAGCAGAUGGCGGACGUGAAGGACUCGCUGGACAUCAACGUGAAGCAGAACUUCAUCGACCCGCUGCAGACGCUGCAGGACAAGGACUUGAAAGAGAUCGGGCAUCAUUUGAAGAAGCUGGAAGGUCGCCGGUUAGACUUCGACUAUAAGAAGAAGAGGCAGGGGAAGAUCCCAGACGAGGAGAUCAAGCAGGCGGUGGAGAAGUUCGAGGAGUCCAAAGAGCUGGCCGAGAGAAGCAUGUUCAACUUCUUAGAGAAUGACGUGGAGCAGGUGAGUCAGCUGUCUGCGCUCAUAGAGGCAGCGCUGGACUACCACCGCCAGUCCGCCGAGAUCCUGGAGGAGCUGAAUAAUAAACUACAGAGCAGGAUAACCACGGCAAGCAACCGUCCUAAGAGGGAGUUCAAGCCAAAGUCUAUAAUGACCAGCCUAGAAACCAUUGAUAACUCGCAGCACAACGGUUUGUCCUACAGCUCGUCGUUCAAAUCUUCAGAUGUCCAGAUCAACCACACUGUAAAUGGAAAAACGGAAGAGUUCACCCCCACGCCCCUGUCAUGGCCCGACAGCCCAAACGGCAACCAGCCCGAGGUGCACAUGGACCAGCCCUGCUGUCGGUCGCUCUACGACUUCGAGCCCGAGAACGAGGGCGAGCUGGGCUUCAAGGAGGGCGACAUCAUCAUCCUCACCAACCAGAUCGACGAGAACUGGUACGAGGGCAUGAUCAAUGGGGAGUCGGGCUUCUUCCCCAUCAGCUACGUGGAGGUCAUCGUGCCUUUGCCCCAGUGAGAGGCGGACAGCACCUCAAGCCUCCUCCAUCCCAAAACUCUGGACCUGAACCGAUCCACCGAGACAUUUCAUUACCGGCGCUUUCAGCGAAAGCCUUGCCUUUUAUCCCCCCCCCCACACACAGACU